GGGUCCUAGUGCCGGCCGGGCGCCGGGGCCCUGAGGCGUGGGCUGGCGGAGCCGCCCGCGGGCCGCUGAUGGCCGGACGCUUCCUGGGAAAGGCGUUAGCCGCCGCGUCGCUCUCCGUGGCCUUGGCCUGUGCGGCCGUCGGGUCCUCGUGCCGCCGCGGCGUCCCCGCGUACAGAAACUCACUCUCAUCCUGUUGGUUUCAUCGUACUUCCGGCACCAUGUCUGGCUCUAAUGGUUCCAAAGAGAAUUCCCACAACAAGGCCCGGACGUCUCCUUACCCAGGUUCAAAGGUUGAGCGCAGCCAGGUUCCUAACGAGAAAGUGGGCUGGCUUGUUGAAUGGCAAGACUAUAACCCUGUCGAAUACACUGCAGUCUCUGUGUUGGCCGGCCCCAGGUGGGCAGAUCCUCAGAUAAGCGAACGUAACUUUUCUCCCAAGUUUAACGAAAAGGAUGGGCAUAUUGAGAGAAAGAGCCAGAAUGGCCUGUAUGAGAUCGAAAAUGGAAGACCUAGAAAUCCCGCAGGACGGACGGGGCUGGUCGGCCGGGGGCUUUUGGGGCGCUGGGGCCCCAAUCACGCUGCGGAUCCCAUCAUAACCCGGUGGAAAAGAGACAGCAGUGGAAAUAAAAUCGCCCAUCCUGUUUCUGGGAAACACAUCCUACAGUUUGUUGCAAUAAAAAGGAAAGACUGCGGAGAGUGGGCCAUCCCAGGGGGGAUGGUGGAUCCAGGAGAAAAGAUCAGUGCCACAUUGAAAAGAGAAUUUGGUGAGGAAGCUCUCAACUCCUUACAGAAAUCCAGUGCUGAGAAGAGAGAACUAGAGGAACAGCUGCACAAACUCUUCAGCCAAGAACAUCUAGUGAUUUAUAAAGGAUACGUUGAUGACCCUCGAAACACUGACAAUGCAUGGAUGGAGACAGAGGCUGUGAAUUACCAUGAUGAGACAGGCGAGAUCAUGGAUAAUCUCAGCCUGGAAGCCGGAGACGACGCCGGGAAGGUGAAGUGGGUGGACAUCGGCGCGAAGCUCAAGCUCUACGCCAGCCACUCUCAGUUCAUCAAACUCGUGGCAGAGAAGCGGGACGCGCACUGGAGCGAGGACUCCGAGGCCGACUGUCGCGGGGUAUAGCGCGUGGUCGCCGUGCACACCCCAGGUCCACAAAGGAGCAUGCACUGCAGGAGGGCAGCGUGUCGCACUGCUUGUACUUUAUACAAAGGGCAAGGCAGGCCACCGUGGGCCUGUCCGCUUCCAGAGCGAUUUGCUUUAGAGGGUUUUGCAUCAGACAUAACAUUCAAUAAAUAAUGCUGAAACGGGACACCGGACUCUUCAGCCUUCUGGUCAGAAGGAGUAUAAAUAGUCGCAUUUUGUGUGUGUUCUAUCUAAGCAUGGCUUACACGCAAUGGAAGCAACCGGUGCUUCUUGGAAGAAUCAUAACCCGAAUAAAGACACGUUCUCGAUCAGCCGCAGUUUCUGUUCUCCAUUGAGUUCUCGCUUGUCAGUUCUCGUUCCCGGCUAAUCUCCUGAGGCCUAAGGGACGUUCCUGUCACAUCGGGCUCCUUCAAGAUGAGCACCGCCGUGGGAUGGACGUACAGUUUGAUGUCAAGUCUGAUUUCUCUUGAAAUUAUUUGCCAUUAUGCUUCGUGUGAUCUUGUUGGAGCUGAUCUCAAAAACGGGAACUUUAUGUAUUCUUGACUUUAGAGUGAUUAGUUUUGUGAGGAAAUUUGAGGCACUCUUUCAGUAAUAAAGGUUGAGAUCGAUGAAUAA